AUGGCGCCGCGAGCCAAGAAGCCCGCUGCUGCUGCUACAAAGAGCGCACCCGCCAAGGCCACAAAGUCUGCUACUGCGACGAGAGCCAAGGCCACCACCGCCAAAGCCACUUCUACCACUGCCAAAACAUCUGCGACAUCCAAAUCUACCUCUAAAGCUGCGCCAAAGUCUGCGCCAAAGUCAACCGCCACUGCUGCUGCCAAGAAAGACACCGCCGCUGCGAAGAAGUCUACUACUACAACCAAGACAAAGACUGCCACUACAAAGAAGGCCACGGCUACCAAGUCCAAGUCUGCUGACAAGCCUGUUAAGAAUACAAACGGAAAGCGACCAAUCGACGAUGAUGAGGACGAGGAUGAGGACGAGAAGCCCCAGGGCUCAGCUGAACCAAGCCAACCGAGACCCGUAAAGAAAGCUCGCGUUACAGCUCCUGCUGGUGCUCCCACCGGUUGGCAAAGGCAGGUCGCUUUGAGAAGGCGCAAGAGAAACCUUGUCAGCAAUCCCGUCCCCACCGUUCCCCUUGACGUCUUUGUCUUCGGUGAAGGUAGCUCUGGUGAGCUUGGUUUGGGCAGUAAGAAAUAUGAUGGCAAGAAGCCCAUCGAUGUCAAGCGACCUCGCAUAAACCACAACCUCGAUGCUACCAAGGUCGGUAUUGUUGAUAUCGCCUGUGGUGGCAUGCACACCAUCGCUUUAACAAAGGAUAACCGAGUCCUCACCUGGGGCGUCAAUGAUGACAAGGCUCUCGGUCGUGAUACCACCUGGUCCGGUGGUGUGCGCGAUGUUGACGAUGAGGAGUCCGAUGAUGACGAUGAUGAUGACACUGGAAUCAAUCCUCUUGAAAGCACCCCUACCGAGAUUGAAAAAGGCGAGCUCGGAGACUUGGACAUCAUUUGCAAGGUCGUUGCCACCGAUUCUGCUUCCUUCGUAUUGACGGCAGAUGGUUUUGUCUUUGGCUGGGGUACUUUCCGCGGCGCUGACGGAAUUAUCGGAUUCGCCAAGGACAUCAAAGUGCAACCUACUCCCAUGCUGAUUUCCCCCCUCCAAGACAUCACCAACAUCGCUUGUGGCUCUAACCACGUAGUAGCCAUGGAUGUCCAUGGGAAAGUUUGGACAUGGGGUAGCGGCGGCCAGUUCCAAUUGGGCCGAAAGCCCCUGACGCGCCAUGGCGGUCCUACGGCGACGCUUCAACCGGAACCAUGCGGUAUGUUUGGCAAGAGACACUACGCCGUGAGCAUUGCUGCCGGCUCUUAUCACAGCUUUUACAUUGAUAACCAGCAACGCGUGUGGUCUUGGGGUUUGAACAACUACUCGCAGACUGGCCAGUACGAUGACACGGGCAAGGAUGAUGCUAUGGUUCUCCAGCCAAAGCUUGUCGACUCUCUAAAGGAUUUGAACAUUGAUAUGAUUGCCGGUGGCGAGCAUCACACAGUGGCCCGUACCAAGGAUGGCAAGCUCCUGACAUGGGGCCGCGUUGAUGGUCAUCAAGUUGGCCAGCCAUCCAGCCUAUUCAACGAGGACAAUGCCAUGUUUGACGAGAAUAAGCGACCUCGUAUUCUUCUUAAACCUACUGCUGUUCCAGAUGUGGAUGCUCGGUUUGUUACCGCUGGCGUUGAUACGAGCUUCGCCAUCGAUGUCAAAGGCCGAGUGUACUCAUGGGGUUUCUCUGCAAACUACCAGACUGGCCAGGGUACCACGGAUGAUAUCGAGGUUCCAACUGUGAUCGAUAACUCUGCCAUUCGCGACCGAGAAAUUGUAUGGGCAGGUGCCGGUGGACAGUACUCUAUUGUUGCAGCGGAGCAUGGCUCUAAGGGAUCACCAGCCGUCAACGGCGUUAACGGUCAUUAA